AGCCCGAAAAGCAACAGGCAGAGACCCGCCCCAGCUCCGCCGGCAAGCCAUGGCCAGGCCGGAUUCGGACGGGUUCUCAUGGCUGCAACCGCUGGGGCUGGCCUUCCUAACCUUCAACUUAGUCGUGGCCUUGAACAGAUCGAGGAGCGAUCCCUGGGGGUGGCUUUCGCAUGUACGUAUGUUUGCUCUUCUGGUGCCUCCGCCGUUUCGAGAGCACACCCGAGGGCAUCCUGGGUAAGAGAGCUUUGGGCUAUUCCCCGGGUACAAGAGAUAACUGUUUCGAGAGCUCUUGGGGGAGUCCUCUCUCUUGCUCACACCUUUGAAGGGUGUGCAACGUCAGUCGGGCUCUUCUUCUCUUUGUAAAUGCAUGGAGAAGGCGUAGAAGCCCGCCGCAAUCGUGAGCCCAGCCAUUGUCCACACGACCACUGCAAUGGGUAGUGGCAUGAUCGAUGCCACGUGGUAGGAGAACAUGACAGUAAGGAAAGUUGAAAGCGACCAGACGGCCAUUUUGAGAAUCCCGCCGGUAUUGGGGGAGCCCUCGGAUGUGCUCUCGAAACGGCGGAGGCACCAGAAAAGCAAUAGCAGAUCAACGUAGGAGGUGACUACGUACGAAAGCCAACCCCCAGGGAUCGCUCCUCGAUCUGUACAAGGCGACGUACGAUUGAGUUGAAGGUGAGGAAGGCUAGCCCCAGCGGUUGCAGCCAUGAGAACCCGUCCGAGUCCGGCUUGCCAUGGCUUGUCGACGGAGCUGGGGCAGGUCUGUACCUGUUGGUUUCCGGGCUCGGCUUCAAAUCCAUCCGCCUCUUGGUUACUGGGAGGCGAGGCCUCUCACGGAGCAUCCGUGUAGUUAAACCGUUCCGGGUCCAAAACGGGAUGAGAAAUUCAUCCUGUUAUCCACCGUACACGUGCCCCGUCGAGGCCCAUCUAAUAAUGUGUCCUCCAGGGCCCACAAGUCCAAGCAGGCGCAGCGUUCAGCGCUCCUCUCUCCCAGAUCCCAAUUCCUAAUUCCUAAUUCCUGGUAGGAAAGGAGAUCGCAGCAGCCAGAGGCCUUUCGUUUCCAUCGUCGUCCUCUUUCCUCUCCUCCGCUAUUCCUAUCCGUUUGGUUGAUAUUAAAGCCGCAAUAGCAAGCAGCUUACGCUUCUUCGACUCAGAUGGAUCAUCCUCCCAAAGAAGCGGUUUCGGCGGCGGCCGUGGCUCCCACCACCAACGUCAACAGUUCAAUUUCAGGUUCAGCAGCCCCCCAAGAGAAGGUCCGGCUCGUCUCCUGCACCAAAUGCUUCGACGCUAUCUGGUUCUGCUACUCUCCAUUUCACCGGAUGCAAUAAUACUAUAGAUAUGGAGAAUUUGACAAUUUCGGGAAGUGGAAUGCACUCUUUGGCUGUUUGAGCUUCAAAACCAAAAAAUUAUCUUUGGAUGCAGUAUUUUCGAUAUCAUGCAUGCAUGUACGGGUUUCCAAUAUGUGUAUUGGUUUUUUGUUGGUCUUUGCUGAGGAGCUCUCUCUCUUCUUGCUGCCGGAGAUUCGAGACGCUCGUGAGAAAUCUAGGCCACAUAUCUGGGAAUAUCGGACGGUUGAGGAAGCCUCGGUGAAUUGGUGGAGGAUGCAUAGCCAUUUUCCCAAGUUCCCCCCUAAACCUGAUUCGAAGACCUACCCGGAUUGCUAG